AUGGUUCCAAGCAGCGAGGACAUCUUGAAUGGCUCUCGGCCAGAUCCAGAGUUUGAAAAGAUUGCGACAAAGGCAGCUGCGCCACCUCUACCCUCCGACGUUGAUAUAAGCGACCUACGCAACGUUACAAACGCAGCAAAAGCAACUACUCGGGAAGCUCAUGGCCUAGAUGCUCGUGUUUCCGAGCACGACAUUGAAAUACCCACGGGCGACGCCAGCAUAAUAAUCGCCCGCGUGUAUUCUCCCACAGAAAUUACUACGGAACACAAUCUCCCCUUAUUUGUCUUUUUCCAUGGUGGUGGCUUCUGCAUUGGCAGCCGUUACGAUGACUAUGAGGCCAACCGCGCCGUAGCACUGAGAAACAAAGUCAUUAUAAUCAGCCCGGAUUACCGUCUAGCCCCGGAAUAUCCUUUUCCAACCGCUGUUCAAGACGAACUCGAUACUCUGAAAUGGGUAGCAGCCAAUAGGCACAAAAUUCACCCCUCCGCCUCGCUGUCCGCUGGUAUAAUCGUGGGCGGUACCUCCUCUGGAGGUAACAUUGCCAACGCCGUCGUUUACUUGAAUCGCAACCAGGCCAGUCCCGUGAAGGUGACCGGCCAGUUUCUUAGUGUGGCACCCUUGAUCCCUGCGCCAGUUGUCCCGGAUAAGUACCGACAAGAUUAUACGAGCGCCGAACAGAGCAAGGCAUUCUCCAUUCCGCCACCAGAGCUGACUCAAUUGUUUUUGUCCGCUUACAAGCCUGAUAUCCAUUCUCCUCUGAUGGUUCCUUUCAAUCAUCCUAAAGGGCACGGUAGCAUCCCUCCUACAUACUUCCAGGUUUGCGGUCUAGAUGCCCUGCGUGACGACAGCUUGAUCUAUGAGCGAGUCUUGCGGGAAGAGAAUGGGAUCGCCACCCGUCUUGACUUCUACCCUGGCCUACCUCAUCACUUCUGGGAGUUCUUUCCGCAAUUGAGGCAGCACAUCCAUCGGAGAAUCGAGGAUACCGUAAAUGGUAUUCAAUGGCUAUUAGAAGAAGGCAGACAACACCAUGUAUUCUAA